GUCAGAAUGAUCCUGGAAAUAAAGAGAUGUCAUGACGGCACAUCCUGAUGUGCUUCGACAGGAGGUAAAUGUUGAGUAAAUUGGAUUGGAGUGAUCAGUUUUCCAUCCCUGUGUGAGUUGUACUGAGAUGUGAUAUGAGGUCUUGAAGUUAAAGGUAACGCUCUUAUUCAAAGUGGUGAAAGUAUCAAACUGCGGUCGCUUACAAUGAAUGAGAAAUGAUGUUUAAUCUGAGUACUACAAUUGAGAAGAAAUAACAAUGACAUUUUAAAAUAUUUUUCCUAACAAGAGGAUCAAAAUGAAGUUUGAUAGUUUUAGAAAUAUACUUUCUGUCUAGGGCUGGGCGAAAAAACGAAAAUUUACUGGUACCAAAAUUUACAACAAUAACUGACGCCAUUUUACCCAUGUCAAUAAAUUUGGUGUCAAAAAAAUACAUAAAUAAAAGUGGGCUUUGGAUGUGUGUAGGUAGGCUAUGGUGUCAUGUCCUUUUAAGGCGCUGUUCUACGUCAGAGAUGUGACUCCACCCCAUCCAGUCUGUAACAAAGAGGGAAAGACAGGUGAGGAGAUGGAGGACGGUUCAAAAAUUGUAGCGGCUGAAGUAGACAAAGUUAAUGUGGGAGGGGGUGAGCAGCUUGUGGAGUAGUUAUCGUCCAUUUAUCGUUAUCGAGGUGAACUGCUCAAUAUAUUGUGAUAUUUAUUUGAGGUCAUAUCGCCCAGCCCUAUUUCUGGCUGCCAAAGAUGUGGAAAAAAAGGGUGAUAUGGAAAAUUAUUUAAAUAGGCACAUUAUUUAUCAUUCCAAAUAUCUGUAUUUGAAGCCAGCAUACAGUUACCCUGCCGCUUUAAUAUUUUGUCCCACUUCUAAUAUAUGAUGUUUAAUUUGUUCAAGAGCAUGAAAACAGGAAGUUAGUGUCUGACAUACAGCCGAGAAUAAUCACACACUAAAGUAGCCAUGCCUGAAAAUAUAACACCUACAUGCUGCUGUCAGACCAAACCUGAUGAGUAUUUCCUGAGCAGCGACACAAAAAUGCAACAAACAGGCUGCAAUUAUUUUUGCAUUAGGUUGGGCACACAGGGACUAAACAUGCAAGAUAAACAUGUUAAUUUUUAAUGCCAAGCUAGCCUAACGGGCUGCUGACAAUCACAUUUCAUCCAUGGAGACGAUCGUUUUAAUGUUCUCUUGGCGAGGAAAUGAAUCAGGGAAUUUCCCAAAUGGCACAGCUAUUCCUCUAAGUGACCAUAUCGGCACUUACCGAUCAAAUGGCCCUAACAGACUAAAAGACCUGCCCUGUUUGUCAGUGGAGCAUUUAGACCAGGACGGAUGCAUUUCAACAUAUCAAAGAGGUAAUAAAAGCUGGGUUUGGCAACAUGGUGUGAUCUGGGAUAGGAAAUCAGCGUUUGGGAUGCACAAUGUUAGAUUUUUGCUGAUAUCUUCAACGCUGAUAUUUUUUAACUUACUUUGGCCUAUACCAGCACCAAUCAGCAGUCGUGGUAGAAGUUCCCUGUUACUUUAACUUUGAAAGUUAAUUCGUUCUUACUUUAAAAAAGCUCUUGUUGCUGUUCACAAUGACUGCUUCUGGGAUGCACAAUCAAAAUGUCAACGUUUAAGAACUGUUGUUUUUCUGCCAGUUUAAGACACUUUUAUACAGCCGUCAUGUUACAGCCUACUGUUGGCACAUGGAAGUUGAACAUAGCUGGAGAAAAUUUGAUAUCUGUCGGUAACUUUCAAAUCUUUAUCAGUCUAUAUACUAGGGGUGGGCGAUAAAUUACCAUUCAAGAUAUACCAACAGAAAAAUCCUCCAUGAUAAAUAUUUGCCAUCUCAUGAUAAAUACGAUCAAUCCAAGUUGAUGACAUAAGCGUGAGCGACGGACUCGCAGCCAUCGCCCACACAGAGCGGAAUAACAAACAAACAUGGCCGACGUUUCUGAGCAGCUGGUUACUAAACGAGGCUCCACAUGAGGGAUUUCCUUCAAGAUUGGGGCUUAGACGAGUGCAAUCAGGUAUGCCUGACAUUGGCGAGUGGAUCUGCUGCGGCUGUUCACUCUGUGCAAUAAAAGUUUUCAAUAAAUGUUGAAAAUGUUUUCACAUUUGAGACUUAUUUGAUGUCAUUAGUUUUCUCCAUAACCUAACCCUCAAACUUGUAGUAAAGUAUCUUAUUUGAUUACACAACUGGUGUUCUAAAGACAACAUGAGUCAAAAAUAUUGAUUGGAAUUAGAAUAUUUUUCAUUGGGACUUAUCGUUAUCACCAGAAUGGCAAAUCUUAUUGUGAUAAAUUUUUUAGUCCAUAUCACCCAUCCCUACUAUAUACUAUAGUAUCAUACAUCCCUGUCAGCAGGAACUUAAAAUAAACUUUUGAACGUUUCACACCCAAAAAAGUGUCUCACACUUCGUCGCUGAUGGUGCAGGAAAAGACUCAGACUCAGCAUCACUUUCCUCGCAAAGUACACAAAUUUACUUCUCACUGCUCUUCUUUGAGAACCACGACAAUAAGUGAUGAUUACACAGGCAGGUAGGUGAGAUCCUCACAGGCCUGAAACUCCAGAGACAUCAGACCUUGUUGCCUUUGUUCCCCACAGCUUUUUGUUCUAUUGUUCCUCAUGAAGAUGUAAAGAAUAUUUCAACAAAAACAUAACAAACACCUCUAAAACAAUCGCCUACGGUAGCUUUAGACAGAGGGUUUUCUGAGCCUAAGUACCAGAGGCAGUAACCUCCUCUGCCCUCUCACUGUGCACACCACUGUGGAGAUAGAUAUUCACCGUGACUAAUGAUGAUUUUCAUUUUCACUGACAGACUGAUGGAGCGCUUACAGAUUCAAGCCGAACAAAAGAACAUUUCUUACAACUGGGAGGAAAUAUUCUGCAUGUCAUUUAAAAUACCGUUAAUUGAGGAUUACUGUUGUUGUCAUAAUAAUUAUAUUUGUGGUGUUAUCCCUGUGGAAUAAACACAGGAGAAAUAAUACCUCUGUCUGUGCUUCUACAUUAAAAAAACAACAAAACAAAAUAUCACUGCGUACCAUUCGUACUGAUUGCACUGUAUGCAUUAGCAUGCGUACAGAUCACACCCAUAUAUUAAGUGUUUCCUGCUGAUGGUGGCAGAUUUUUCUCAUGCUUAGUAUCAGGGGCUUAGGAGCGGUGGCGGUUCACAGUGGCAGUUAAAGUGUAAGCUGGUGUGUGUGAAUCUGAAUCGAACUCCCUUGUGACCAACAACAGACAGAGCUUUGUGUUCGGCCUCAGUGGGAAAGCUAACACAAAUACAAUUCAGGUAAAAGUGUCAAUGAAUCAGCCUUGGACUCUUCACGGUUUGUUUAUCACUCUAAUCUGCUCUAAUUUGCAAUUAUGUCCUGUAAAAUCGCCCGUGGGAGUUUGCUUUAUAGUUCCGUAUUGGGGUUAAAUACUUCAGUAAAGCAAUUAAGAGAUCUUUUUUCUCCCAACAGGGUUCAGAUUACAUCUAUUAAAUCGAGGUGUCAAGGAUUUCAGCGGGAAGCAGGAGUUCACCCCCGCUGCUUUUUUCUCUAAUUUCCCUCCAGCUUCGGCUCCAGCUCCCAUCCAGAUCUAACGCUGCUUUCAUGUUUGACCCACUUUUACAAGACAGAGCCAAUGACAAAAAGAGAAGAGAGAGAGAAAGAGAGAGAGGCAGGAGGAAAAAAUGAUGAAAAAGAGACACAAGUGGAAGAGAGCGGGAGAGAGUUUGAGGUAGAAGGAGAGGAAGAUGUACAAAGUGUGGAGAGGAGGGAAAGCAGGAGGAGGAAUGAGUGGAGGAGUGUCGACGUAAAAGACAAUGACAAAGGUGUAAAGAGAGAGAGA